CGCGUCUCACGCUGCGGCGGCGGCGUUUUGGUUGGGCGCAAGUGCUGUGGACAGCUUUGCUACCCAGGUAGCGCUGCGGCGACGACGUUAACGCCCGUUGUAGUGGUUGCUAUUGCAGUGCUGCGACGAUCUAUGCGCGCUUGCAGCUGUUUGCUGCGCUAGGCGUGCUCCCAGCUCCAAGCAGCUCGACUCCUCGCUCGCUGCAGCCUGCAGAGCUGAUUGUAAAGCGCGCAAACGCAUCGCUCCGUGCCCACUCGUGCGCUGCACGAAUAGCUGCAGCUUUCGCACGAGUCGCCGGACAUCAGCAAGGAGCGCUAACGCCGCGGCGUUGCUUCAGCACACACACAAGGGUGCAAUCACCUCACGCCGCCGCCGCGUCGCCGUAAAUCGGUGCAAGGCGAACGAGUCACCGGACGACAGCGAACGAGCAGCGCUCACGCCGCGGCGAGCUGCUUCAGAGCACGCACCCAGUUGCAUCGCACGCCCGUCGCCGCGUCGCAUCACUGCACAACGCAACAAAAGCAGCCAUGGCCAAGAAGCGCGCCGCCGGCGACGGCCACGACUCGACCAAGAAACGCAAGAAGGCCAAGAAGGACUCGCCGUUCCGCGACGUCGCCGUAAGGGGCACGUUUGCACUACUCCCACACUGCCUCGACGACGUCAAGGGCCACAUCCUGCGAAGGCUCCACGCUUUAUUGAUGCGACACUCGUCGGCAUUGAGCGGCGUGCCGCUCGCCGUCCGCGACGUGAAACUGGCGCCUGGUCAAACUUUAGGAAGGGUCCAGGGCACGGAUCCCCGUAUACGGGUCGCCGUGCGCCUGCGGUGCACGGUCUUCGCGCCGCAGACCGACUGCGUCCUGCCGGGGCGCGUCAACGCGAUCGCGCCGAACUACGUUGGGCUCCUCGUGCACGGCUACUUCAACGCGAGCAUUGCGGCCUCGGAUCUACGACCGUUGAAUUUUGAUUCGGGUGGGGCGUGCUGGCGGAACAAUGAGCAAAAGGUCGAGGUCGGGACGUUAAUUCGUUUCAGACUGACGAAGACGCACAACGAAGGGGGGAUUUUGUCCUUCGAGGGGGUCUUCGUGGAGGUCGUCGCGCAGGGGGCGGGGAGUUAA